CGACAGUUCUGCUGGGAAGGGUAUCUAGGUAGCGUCGACAUACGGCACAUUGACUAUACACGUGGGUAUCAAGCAGAGUGAGCCAACAUGGCUAAGAAAAGGAAAGCAGAAAAAGGCAGUGACAAGCUGAAAAUAUCAAGUAAGAGUUUGACGGUUGCUGAAACGGUAGAAGAUGAAGAUGAAAAGGAAUCGUUUAAGGCGGACGACACUGUCAUCAGUGCCAGCGAGGAUGAGGGUGGUAGUGAUGAUGAGAGGAAACACCGCAAGCUAUUGGAUGCCAUCAGCUCCCUGGGUGGGAAGAAAAGAAGGAAGCUGGCUGAGCGGUCUGAGGCCAGUGCACAGAUCUCCGAGUUCUCUGUCAGUGCUGAAGGUGCAGGGGAAAAGAUAACACUGAGUGACCUCAUCGGCACCAUUGAGAAGACUUCUGUUAUCUCCAAGACCAAGAAACAGCUGAAGAAUCUGAAAAACCGCCAUGACACCCUUGAACUACCCCUGAGCAGGCAACAAACUGAAAAGAUCCAAAGGGAAGUAGCCUAUGGGAAGACCUCCAAAGAGGUGUCCUCCUGGCAAGGUGUUGUAGUGCGAAACCAGAAGGCGGAGCAGCUGGUUUUCCCUCUGAACCAAGAGCCAUCUGGGCCAAAACCAGUGGAGCAGAUGGUGACAGGAUGGAAGGCGCAGACACCAUUGGAGCAGGAGAUCUUCAACCUCCUGCACAUGAACAAGCAGCCUCUUCAUGACCCUGUGCUGACCCCUACUGAGGAGGCCUCCCUAAAGGCCAUGAGCCUGGAGGAGGCAAAGAUCCGGCGUGCUGAGCUGCAGAAGGUCAGAGCACUCCAAUCCUACUAUGAGGCCAAAGCCAAGAGGGAGAAGAAAAUCAAGAGCAAGAAGUACCAUAAGGUGCUGAACAAAGCGAAGCGCAAGGAGUUCCUGAAGCAGUUUGAGGAAAUGCGGAAAACGGACCCCGCCGCCGCCCUGGAGCAGCUGCAGAAGAUGGAGCUGGGCAGGAUGCAGGAGAGGAUGUCUCUGAAACACCAGAACAGUGGCAAGUGGGCCAAGUCAAGAGCAAUCAUGGCAAAAUAUGACAAUGAGGCUCGCAAGGCCAUGCAGCAGCAGCUGGAGGUGAACAAGGAGCUCACUCAGAAGCUGGCUGUUCCUUCAGACAGCGAAGACGAGGAGGGGCCUGAGGAAGAGGCGCCGGCCCUGCCGGAUUUCGUUAACGAGGCUGAGCCGGCAGACGCCACCAACCCCUGGAUGAUGGGCAAGCUGACGGUGGAGGCCCCGGAGCCCGGUGAAGGCAGCGACACCGAACCGCCAGCAGGGGGCUUCCAGGAACAGGAAAAUCCAGAGGAUGGAGCCGAGGAGGAGGAGGUAACGGAAGAGGAGGCACUUCUAAGGCAGUUUGAGGAGCGGCGGAAAUUGCGGCAAACGCAAAACGGCGGCCAGGAUGUUGUGCCAGGGGAAAAAGAAGGGGAGGUAGCAGAAAUUGUGAAUGAAGGAGAUGCAGUUGGGGUGGUGGAGAUUUCUGAUAAUGAUGAUGACGAUGAAGAAGUGGAGGACGAGGUCUCUGAGUUCAACAGCCUCUUUCAGAAGCUGGCUGAAAAGGAGCAGGUAGCUGUAAUAGAAGAGGCGACAACAAACAAUGCUGGAGCAGAGAGCUGUGAAGAGCCUGCCCUGCUGGAGGAAGGGCUCACGCGCCUCAGGUCCUUGGAGGACAUGGACCUCCUCAGCCAGGACGUCUCCAUAGAGACGGGUGAACCAGCAGUGCAGAGCUCUGUGACCGCUGCCUCGGAGGAAACGGCCAUUCCACAGCUCAAGAAGAAGAAGAAAAAUAUGAUCGACUGCAAUGAGGUUUUGACAAAGGAGGCUAAAGUCAUAAAGAUACACAUUGCACCCACAGCCAUUGAGGAGGAAGAAGAGAAUGAAGAGGAGCAGAAAAUGAUCAUUAAGGAAGCCUUUGCUGGGGAUGAUGUGAUCUCUGACUUCCUUAAAGACAAGAAGAAACUGGAAGCGGCAGGAAAGCCGAAGGUGGUAGACCUGACGCUACCUGGCUGGGGGGAGUGGGGUGGCCUUGGUCUCAAGCCCUCCCGCAAAAAACGCAGAAGGUUUUGUGUAAAAGCUGAUCCUCCCCCUCCAAGACGAGACCAAAACCUCCCCAGUGUUAUCAUCUCUGAGAAGAGGAAUUCCUCCAUUGCUAUGCACCAGGUCAGUCAGUUGCCAUUCCCCUUCGAGAGCCCUGAGCAAUUUGAGAGCUGCAUACGAACACCCAUCGGCAAUACCUGGAACACCCAGCGCACUGUCCAGAAGCUGACUGCCCCAAAGGUCAUCACACAGAUGGGUGCCAUCAUUGAACCCAUCACCAAGGAGGACUUUAUGAAGGGCAAGACACUGGCAACCACGCGGAAACAGCCAGAUAUUAGUCUAUCAGCACGCAAAGAGGCACCAAAGAGAGGCAACAAAGGCCCUCAGAAAAAAAGACUAAAGGCUCAAAAAUGCUCCCAGCUGAAGAAGACAAAAAACAAACCAAAAUAGUACCAGCAGGUUAACGCAUCUCUUGGUUAUUCAUCACAAAGACAUACCCCCUCUUCUGUCUGUCAGUAGACUUCCUUCCUCGAUGGUUCAAGCCUGAAAUGGAGAUGAACAAGUAACCAGCUUUUUAAACCUCUGAGAUGAUAAAUCCUAAAUUGUGUUUUAUGUUUACUGGGAGAAUGCUUUCUUUGGAGACCUCAGUGCUGAUUUAUUCUAAAAUAAACACGCUACUUAGUGGUUUAACAUCAAAUAAAGUUUUUGACAAUUGGACAA